GUGUUGCUGCUGCUGGUGGUCUUCAUGCUGCUCUCGGCGUGGUUCGGCGCCGUGCUCUUCGUCAUCGACGGCCCCGAGGGGGAGCAGUUCCCAGACUUCGGCAAGUCCCUGUGGCAUCUGAUGGCGCUGCUCGCCACCAACAACUGCCCAGACGUCUUCAUUCCGGGGUACACGGCGAGUCGAGCCUACGGCAUCUUCUUCGUGGUGUAUUUAGUCGUCGGCCUAUUCCUCCUCCUCCAGAUGGUCAUCGCCGUGGUUUACAACAGCUACAUUCGGCAGCGGGAGGCCGACCUGAAGUUACAGGCGGAGCGGAGGGAGCAGCUCCUGGGCAGGGCGUUCGGCAUCCUGGACCGGGGCGCCCGGGGCUGGCUCGGGAGCGGAGACCUGGACGCGCUGCUGACCGCCCUGGGGGAGGCCAGCGGCCUGAGCCUGCGCGACGAGGCGCGACGGGCCAUGGUGUUCGAGGUGCUGGACGAG